AUGUGGAACUCCUUCUUAAAAGACACAACACAGUCUGAUCUUUACAAGUCACGAAAGCUUCUUGAAAGUCUCUUAUCACCUGCUAUUGAUAUUGUGACGCACCUGACACCUGAAUCUCCCCUUAAUGUGUACUUAGAGAUCUUGGACUCCGCUUUCGGCACUGUCGAGGACGGAGUUGACCUUUUCGCAAAGUAUCUCAACACAAUGCAAGAUAAUGGUGAGAAACUCUCAGCUUAUCUUCAACGGCUGCAGGUGAUGCUGAACACCACCCUCAGGAGGGGAGGUGUAACUGCAAGUGACCUUGACCGGCACCUUUUCAGACAGUUUGUCAGAGGCUGCUGGGAUAACAUCUUGAUAGCUGAACUCCAACUAGAACAAAAGAAACAGAAUCCACCUACCUUUGCUGAACUUCUCCUGUUACUCCACACAGCAGAAGAUAAGCUUUCUUCCAAAGCAUCCCGCAUGAAACAGCACUUCAAUGUUUCAAAGCCAAGAGUGUCUUCUCAUUAUCAAGGUAUUUAUGUGCAGAGUGAAGAAGACUACAACUCAUCUCAGCCAGCUCUCGAUCACAGGUCUGAAAUCCAAGACCUAAAGAAACAAAUAGCUGAUCUACAGUCCCAGCUCACACGUAUCACACAGAAAGACAGUAGAAAGGCUAAAUCAGCUGCCAGACCAGUAGCUCCUCAAAAAGCUAGCACACAUUCCCCAGCUAUCACGCCAACAUUUCAAAGGCUGCAGCCCCACAGCCGAGAUGUAAACAACAACACAAGCCAUAGACCAAGGCCCUGGUAUUGCUUUAGAUGUGGAGAGGAUGGACACAUCAAGUCUCAUUGUGAAAGUGAGCGGAACCCAUCUCUUGUAGCUGAGAAGAGGAAGCAGCUAAGAGAAAAGCAGUUAACAUGA